CCACUGAGGGGCUGCGCGGGCGGCGGAACGAGCCCAGCUGCGGCGGCCGGGGCCCCCGACGGACUAGCGCCUUGCUCGCGGCCAAGGACAGGCCCCGAGGGGGGGCCCGGAGAAGAGAGCGCCCGCCCAUCCCCCUCUCCCCCCCUCACCAAAAUCCCCGGGUGUAAAUAGUCAAGGGCGUUUAAAGGACUAUUGUGUGAAUCUCCGCGAGUCGCUCGCCUCCCGUCCGUCCCUCCUCCGUUUCCCCCCUUUUUAAUUUCCCCCCUUAAAAAAAAAUAAUCCGCCCAUUUCUCUCUCUCUCGUUCUACUCCCCCCUCCCGCGUUCUUUUCUUUUUCUGUUUUCUCCGCUCCGUCCUCCUCUCCUUUUAACAUUCCUCACGGCUCCCUUCUCCGGGCUAAAUCCCGCUUCGACGCCCAUCCUUUCUCCUUUUCCUCUUCUUCCGUUCCUUCCCCGCCUCCCUUCUCCUCGCGAGGGAAGCUGUUUUUAUAAAAAGAAGGGUUUUUCUUCCCUCCGCUUCUCCCCCGCCCCUCCCGGGACAGCAAUUUAUCCUCGCUUCCUCCCUUCCCCCCACCUCACCCGGACGGUCCCCCCCCUUUAUUUUGUAUGCGCCACCGUCGCCGGGGGGUCCAACUCGCCAUCGAUCGGGAAGGCAAGGCGACCCCCGCCCCGCACCCGGGGCCAAUCCCUUCCGACCCGCCCCACCCGAGGAGGAGGAGGAGGAAGAAGAAGAAGGGGGCGAAGAAGCCCGAUUCUAGAGCCGUCCACGGAGCCGCCGCCGCCGCCCGGCAGGAUCCCGGCGCGCCCUAAGCAUGGUCACUCAGAUAAUCAGCACAAUGGAGACCCAAGUGUCCAAUGGUCCCACAAGCAACAGUUCCCUCCCCAAUGGGCCACUGAUUAGUGCCAACGGCGCCACUGAUGACUCCAAAACUAACCUCAUAGUCAACUACCUACCCCAGAACAUGACACAGGAAGAAUUCAAGAGCCUCUUUGGAAGUAUCGGAGAGAUUGAAUCCUGCAAGCUGGUUAGAGACAAAAUCACAGGACAGAGCUUAGGCUACGGCUUUGUCAAUUAUGUUGACUCCAACGAUGCUGAUAAAGCAAUCAACACGUUGAAUGGGCUCAAACUACAGACAAAAACAAUCAAGGUGUCCUACGCCCGGCCUAGCUCAGCUUCCAUCCGUGAUGCCAAUCUCUAUGUGAGCGGCCUACCCAAGACGAUGAGCCAGAAAGAGAUGGAGCAGCUGUUCUCGCAGUAUGGGCGCAUCAUCACCUCCCGCAUCCUUGUUGAUCAGGUCACAGGUGUCUCUAGAGGAGUCGGUUUCAUCCGCUUCGACAAGAGGAUAGAAGCUGAGGAGGCCAUCAAGGGGCUGAACGGGCAGAAGCCCCUGGGCGCCAGCGAACCCAUCACAGUCAAGUUUGCCAACAACCCCAGCCAGAAGACAGGACAAGCUUUGCUCACGCAUCUGUACCAGACCACAGCUCGACGGUACACGGGACCUUUGCACCACCAGACUCAGCGAUUCAGGCUCGACAAUUUGCUAAACAUGGCAUACGGCGUCAAGAGUCCUCUCUCCUUGAUCUCCAGGUUCUCUCCCAUCACGAUCGACAGCAUGACCAGCCUGGCGGGAGUCAACCUGACAGGGGCCUCCAGUGCCGGCUGGUGCAUCUUUGUGUACAACCUCUCCCCAGAGGCCGAUGAGAGUGUCCUGUGGCAGCUCUUUGGGCCUUUUGGAGCAGUCACCAACGUCAAAGUGAUCCGCGACUUCACCACCAACAAGUGCAAGGGCUUUGGCUUUGUCACCAUGACCAACUACGACGAAGCAGCCAUGGCCAUCGCCAGCCUCAAUGGCUACCGACUGGGCGACCGAAUUCUCCAGGUUUCCUUCAAGACCAGUAAGCAACACAAGGCAUGAGCGAGCGAGCGGGGCGAGAGAGAUGGCGGGAGGGGUGGGGUGGGGCGAGCGGCAAGGAUGCUGGAAAACAGCCCUCUUCCCCGACUCGCCACGAGAACGGAAAUGUUCAUUGACUCAAAUGUUGCAGAAUAUUUAAAACAAAACAAAAAAACCGCCAGACACCGUGAUCUUCUCUGGGAAGCAGGAGGCUUCUCCCGCUCCCCCUCCCCUGUGCCCGACAGCCCAGCAGGGAGCACGGACGUGGCAACAUGUCAAGCCACCUUUUGAAAACCGAUCCCUGCUCUUGGCAAUGUGCAGGGGAGACAUCCACUCAGAAUAGAACACCUCUCUGUUUGUGACCCUACUGCGCCCCCCCCCCCAACCCGGUCCCUUGUCCUAGGCUUUUCUAACAUACUUUACCCAAGUCAGAAGCUUUCCCCAAUCUUCCAUCCUUCCUUCCCUCUUUGAAUUCCGACCCCUUACAUUGUUCCUUUUGAUGGGCAGGUUUCCUGGCCCCGGGGGGACGAAAACCACUCUCUCCUGUAAGGUGUGAUAUAGAAACACUCCCGACCUCCCCCCCCCCCAAUAUUGCGGAUCAGCAAAUCCAAGAAUUGUCACGACUGCUUUUCUGAGCUAGCCUAGGGGGGAGGAGUUACAACAAUCCAGUUCACCACUUUUGUCCUUCUUGGAUGCAAAAAAAAAAAAAAAAUACACAAAAGUACAAAUGUGGUGGGUGGACAAUGCUCUCAUCUCAUCCCUUGGUCUAAAAUGUUAGCGAUAUUGUUUGUUAAUCCUACCACCUUGCCUGGCCCUUAAUUAGAAUGAUGUUGUAUUUGGGAAAUAAACCCAACCCCAUAUGUCCUGAACUGGGGUCCUUCCUGCCUUUCCCCAGAGAAGCCUCAUUCCCUAGGGGAAAAGCAAAGGCCCCAUAUAUAUUUUUUCUGCUCUGUUUUGUAAGUUUGCAUAUCAGGUUUGAUAAUUUGCUUACGUCCUGGAAUUAUUUGGGAUUAAAGUAAGAGCGUGGGACAUGGAGAUAAGCAAGCGAGAGAGGCCAGGGACCUGGCACAGUGUCCAAGAUUCCUAGUCGAUUAAUCAGGUUGUGUGGACUAGAUGGGUCAAGUUUCUUUUCGGGUCAAAAAUAUGGACUUGAAUCGGGUGGUGGUACAAUUUAAACCUGCUGUUUUGCCUCCUCUCCCAAAAUCAAGCCUUUCAUUCUUUCCUUCUUUCUUUAUAAAUUUUUAGGCGAAGAAUUUGUUAAGACCAAGCAUGGGGCCAUCUGAGAGAGAGGAGGGAGCCAACCCCCCACCCCCAAACUGUGUUAGCUGACUAUCCUGAUAAGCUAGAAAGUUUUUUUUUUAUUAAAGGGGGAGGUACAGGAGUGGGAAUGGGCUGGUGGGUGAGUUUUCCCUUUCUCUUUUUCAAUGUUAGAUCAAUCUAAUGACUGAAUGAAAAGGGGGAAAUGAUACAUUAAAAAGGCUGAAAUGGGAAACAAAACGAAAACAACAGCAAACGUUUAGAAAGAUUUUAAAAAAAUCUAUUUUUAUAAAAAAGGAAAAGAGACCUUGUUGGAAAUUUUUACUGGGAUUCUUGAACUUCACACACACACACACACACACAAAUUCAAAGGGAGAAAUGGAAAGCAAGUCACUAAGUGCUACUGCUCUACACACCCGUCAUUCAUUCCCAAUGGCCUUUCCAGACAAGUGAUGGGGAUGUCCGUAUUGUAUCAAAUUUCACAGAUACAGGUAGCUUGGAGACACACAAGAGUCUCCAUAUAAUGAACUGGGAUUUUGGCAUCAGCUUUGAUAUGGGAUUGAUUGAGUUGGGGGAUAGCCAUAGUUCUGAGCUGGGGCGGUUCCUUCCUGGAAGCUGAGCCUUCCCUUCCCUUUGCUAAUUCCACCCAGGUUUGCAAAACGACUUGGCGGUACAGCAGUUGGGGUUGAGCCUGGCUUUGUUGCAGGGAGGGUUUAAACGCCAGCGAAAGCAACUGAGCCCACCAGCACAACUGUGGCGGCUCACAGUGACUGAAGGCAUUUUUAAAAGCGUGAGAAUUAGAAAGGAAACUGAGUUCAGUUAGUGCCCUAUAGAGAGGUGCUGGGACCAGGAGAGAAAAAACAUGGCUUUUUCCAAAGGGUGGUGUCCCAACAGAUGCCAGCUGUUGCCAGUUGCAUAGCAGCAGUUUCACAAGCAUCCCAAACAGCACUAAGUAAGGCCCACGUGCUUUCUCCACACCAGAAGCAUGCUGGGAAGGUAGCUGCUUUUCUUGACCUAUUGUCUUUUUCCUGCCACACCCUCUCCCUUGUCCCCAUCCCCAGUUGCCUGGAAAGUCUUUGAGAGUCUUGUGCAGGAGCAGCACUUAGUGCCUAAGAUCCCAGCGGGUUUGGAUUGUUCUGUCCCUCCCUUAGCUGGGCAGAAGAAGCAGCAAAUUGCUUUCAGGAUUCUUUCCCCCCCUAGCCUUUUUUAUUUUAUUUUAAUACUUUUCUUGUCUUUGUGUGUCUUGUUAGGGGCUGGGGACAGGGCAGAAGGGGCUGCAGUCACCUUACGGCUUUUUGCAACAUCCCCACCAGACUUCUCUCUUACCCACCCAGCCCCUGCCAAAGGGACAAAAAGCCUAGGAAACAGUUUAUUUCUUUAAAAAACAACAUUGGUUUAGGCUGUGUGCUUAACACCAGCAUUAGUUUUACACACGUCCAUUUUCAGAGUUGUUUCCCCGCUAAGAUUUCUUUUGGCUUUUUCAUUGGAAAAGCCAUCGAGUGAAAUUUAAAAAAAGAAGCACCCCAAAACAGUUAGUGCUGCUAGAGUAUGGAAGCUGAUUUGUGCAGAUAGGUUUGGUUCUGCAGGAAAACCCUGCUGCUGCUGGUUGGGGAAAGAGGGGCUCUAUUCACCCACCUCUCAAUGCAUGCCUGAUAUCUACCCUUAGCAAAGAGACAACAUGGUCCUCAAUGGGGGCACGGUAGCAAGCAACUCCUCUAGCUGUCUCAGAUGUCACUGCCCACUGCUGGCGCGCCAAGGCUGUUAUGCAUGAUGCUGCAAAACAUCUUGGAAAGAAGAGAGUUAGAUCCGCAGAGGUCCGUGUACGACGCAAUGGACAUCAAUUACGGGAAAGUAGAUUAACAUUCAGUUUCCCAAAGGCAAGGCAGCUUGAUCCAAUUUGGGAGGCUCCUGGGCAGUCCAUUCAGUGUACUGCUAUAUUGAUGGGCUAAGUGCAGAGGCAAUCAGAAGAAGGAUCAUGAAGGAAAGGCAGGGACCCUCUUAUUUUGAGGAGCGUCUCUUGUUUGACACUGACUUCUAGUAGUAUCCCACAUCCAUAUACUGGAACUAGAGUCCACAGCUCCAACAGUCUUAAAAAUUAAAGGGUUCUCUUUAUGUUAAUUAUGGAUCCAGCUGUUUCAUGUAAGAGACCAAGGAUAAGUUGGGUAGGCGGGGAGUAGGGAAAACUGGCCCAAAGAAGGUCAUGCAGCUGGAGAAUCUGCAAAUGCUGCCCCCUAGGAGCCUGGCAUUGUACUUCAGAAGAGGGCAACAGAAGUGGAGACAGGCUGACUUGGGGCCUGGGGGGUGAGAUUGCCUGUCUUGGCAUUUUCUGAGGAAGGACUAGAUAGGGAGCAGCGAACACUUGCUAGGGAGGCACCAAUUCUUCUCCUUCCCCUACCAUUUGAGUGGACAUGAGGCAGAACAUCUGCCACUUGCCCUUUCCAGGCAGCUUAAUGCAACCAAAUAGGUCAGCUCUUUGACCGCCCCCCCUUGCUGUUGAAUGGAGAUCUCGGGGCUGUUUUGGCAAUGUCUUUGCUCUGCUUUGUCCAUGUGGCUUCCUAGAACAGCUGAGCGCAAGUCACACUUGGCCAGGGGAACGGGUUGUGGGGCGGAUGAGUCCAACAUGAUUCCUGGGGGUUGCUAUCCACCGGGGGGGGGGAUGGUGAUGCCACAAGUGAUGGCUGUGCCAUGCCUUCCUUUUCAAUAAGGGGCACAGUUUUCUGUUCCUCCUCCGCCUUCCUGGGUGGAGGCAUUGGCAAGACCCAACAGUCAAAGUGUCCAUCUGGGCAUUUGAUAACUCCGUGUUCAUUCUUUCUCUCGGCUCACUCAAGUCAGUUCUGUUUCCCACUCGCCCUCACUCCGAAUUAGCCACAUGCCCUGGCAGCUCUGAAACGGCACCACCUUUUCGCCCUCAGCCAUUCUGCUAGAUUUAGUGCCUGCUCUGCUGUGGCUAGUCCAUCCCCGAGAGAGAAUACGUCCCCACAAAGCCAAUCACCUCUG